GAACUGUUACGAAUCAUCCCUCUCGCCAUUACCAUCUAAGUUAUAGCGUUAAUAUGACAAAAACUAUGAAUAGUCUCGUUCUCGAGGCUAUUAAUCAAGGAGUGCAAAUCUUCGGCAUCACGCCAGCAAACAUUGCAGGACGUGGAGUUGGGUUAGUUGCUACUCGUAACCUAAAGUCUGAUGAGAUCAUAAUGGUUAUCCCGACCGAGGCUAUUCAUAGCCUGCACAGCAUCUCGAAGAAUGUCGCUCAGACCCUGCCUGCGAAUAUGUCUCUACAUGGCUCGCUAGCGGCAGACCUCGCUCUGCAUCAUAAUGGAUCCGUAAAAUGGACUAAAUCAGUACCAGAAUGGUCGGAUUUUGAGGCUACUUUACCAUAUCUAUGGCCGGAGCAACUUCAGAGACUACUUCCAGUAGAGGCCAAAGACAUACUAACCAAACAGUAUACUAUGUUUGAGAGAGACUGGGGUAUGUUCAAAAAUGCCUUUGUUGAGAUAAGCAAACAAGAUUACUUGUAUGCUUGGCUUAUUGUGAACACAAGAUCUUUCUAUUACGAGACUUCAGAUACGCUACGGCUCCCUUGGCAUGACCGGCUCUCUUUGCUCCCAGCUGCUGAUCUUUUUAACCAUGCGGACACUGGCUGUUCCGUAUCAUAUUCGAUGGAAAGCUACACUAUUACCACAGACCGUCAUUACCAGAAAGGCGAUGAACUUUAUACUUCGUAUGGUAACCAUUCAAACGACUUUUUGUUGGCUGAAUAUGGCUUUCUACUAAAAGAAAACCGAUGGGACAAGCUGUGCCUUAAUGACGUGAUUCUACCGAAACUGAACUCAAGACACAAGGCUGAGUUGACUGAAAAUGGGCAUACUGGGACCUUGAUGCUUCACGAUGAUUCAAGAAAGCACGACGAUAUUUGGGUUGCUCUGCGGCUACUUUCUAGCGUUGAUUCACAAUGGCAGAGCUAUAUUGACGGUGAGGAGGAUACCGAGGGAACUCUCGCAAAGGCUAUUGCAUCACUACCGCCCCUACUGGGAGAAUACUUGGAUGCUAUUCAGGGCAUAAAGUUGGAGAUACAAUCCUUACAAGUGGGUACGCGUCGCCAAAAGACACUGCUUACGCAGCGUUGGGACGAAAUAGAGGCAAUGGUCCGGCGUGCUAUAGAAACUGCAUGGUUUGCUAUGUAGAAAUGUUGUAAACCCCAACUCUGUUCUAGCUAUUAAGAAAGAAGAAAAUAUGCAAUUUUUUUCAUAUGGUGAUACAAAAGUUUCUCUACGCAGUCCUUGUACUGUAUUUUUGAUGAGCCAAAAUAUAGAGACGCAUGGAAAUGAAGCAUCUAGGUACUUAGUUCUAGGUGGGAAUG